AUGGCUUUGGAGAUGUUGACCAAUUUUGUUUGGCUCGUAGUGAAAUAUUUAAUCCUGUUUCUUUUAGCAAUGGCUAUCUACUUUGGAUACAAAUUGUUUUAUGUCCCUUUGACAUUCAGGAGAAAAUUUGAAAAAUAUAAGAAUGUGUAUGUAACUGAGAAAUUCAAUCCCAUUGUAGGAGAUCUUAAGCCUUCUUUGGAUGAUAUAAAUAAUGGAAGAGCUUAUUACGACAAUUUGAAAAAGUUGCAAUCAAAGAUGGGAGGAGCAGACAUGAAGGUUUAUAUCCAAGGCUUUCAGCCUAUUAUCACCUUCGUUUCGAACAAAGCAGUCAAAGAAGUAGUCGGCCUGAUCCCAUCAGUUAUUGAUAGAGCGGAUAUUCGGAAUAACUACAGCUUGAAAUUCGGAUGCAUAAAAUUUGCAGAUGGAUCUUUUAUCAACUGUGCAUCCACUCCAGAUAUUGUAGAACGCAGGAAGAGUCUAUUCAAACUGCUUGGUGUUAGUACUUCUUCCCAACACAUCCCGGUCAUUUUAAAGAUGGCAGCUCAGACUUUAUCUAAAAUACAGGAAGAAAAGGAGGUAAAGAUUUUGGAACAUACUGAUUAUAUCAAUUUGGUUCAAAUCCAAGCCCGAAGGGAUAUAUACAUGACCAAUAAAGUAUUCAUGGCGAUUCUGUUCGGAAAAGACUUAGACAACUUCCUCACUGAAAAACACGACUAUGAAGCACCAGAUGGUACGAUUGAAAAGUAUAGUCUUGUGGAGUACUUUGGUCAGGUAAUGAAAUCAUACCAUGUUGAAGGUGCGCAUCCAGCUACAUUUUUCUUACCCUUCCUGAAUAAGUGGAAUAUUAUUAAUCCUUGGAAGAGAAACAGCAACAACAUGAGGAGUUUAAAGAGCAUAUAACUAGAGAAGUCUUACGUCGUUCUCAAGACAAGGACUCAGUUUGGCACCAGAUAUCUCAAUUGGAGAAGUUUAGCGAAGAAGAUAUCUUUAAUGACUUGCUACUGAUCAUCUUGGGUGGAGGAGACACAGUUUCUCAUAACUUUGUAUCAGUGCUAUACUUCUUGAAGAAGUAUCCUUCAACAUUCUCUAAACUAAGACAGGAGCUUGAACAGCAUGGGUUCACUAAGGGCUGCAAUCUGGAAAAGACACUCACGAUGGAGAAUAUCCAAAAAUUAGAGUACCUCUCAAAUGCUAUAAAAGAGGUUUUAAGAAUUGAUGCUCCCAUACUACACAUUAUGAAGCUCGGAAAGAUGUUGAGAUAUGUGACGUUCCUAUUCCUAAAGGGACUUUGUUCCAUUUGGAUGUUGUUGGAACGCAUUAUGAUGAGACCCAAUGGCUUGAUCCUCAUGUUUUUGAGCCAGACAAACAUGAUCCUAGUUCAGAUUUUGCGAAGAAGUCUAAAGAGUUAGGCAUCUCUCCCAAUAUUUAUUCCAAAAGAUCUUUUGGACAUGGUUCAAGAGCUUGCCCAGGACAAGCCUUUGCAACACUUGAGAUGAAAGUUCUGGCAGCUUACUUCAUCCCCCACCUAGACUAUUCAGUACCAGAAGAAUGGUUCCAUAAAGAAGGGAUUGGGUUUGCACUUGGAACAAAUUUUGAAUUAAAGUUCA